AUGGUUCGAGUCAAGGAGCGCUAUCUGCUAGUGGACAUCCUCUAUCCUGAGGGAGCUCAUACCCAGGCAAAUGGAAGAAUACCCGAUUUUGUCGUGUACAAUCAGCCAACAACAGACAGCCUCUCUCACUCAGGGCUGGCGAAAGCUAUACGCGCAGAGGUAGCUACCUUGUUCGGAGAUUAUGGAGCCGGAGCUGUCGAGCGCAGUUUGAUGGUUAAAUAUCUGUCGCAUGCCACAUCGACAGUCAUCUUGCGAUGCUCCAGAGCACACUACCGCUUGGUCUGGGCUGCGCUCACGUUUAUGAACCGCGUCCCUAUCAAGAACGGGAAGCCUUGCACGUUCAGAGUCGUCCGUGUUAGCGGCACCAUUCGCAAGGUCGAAGAGGAGGCCAUCCGGCGCGCCAGGCAGAUGAUUUUAAUCGCAAAAGAGCACAUGGCAGGCAAAGACUCCAAUGCUCUCGGGGCACUCUUCGGCAAGCCCAGGGACCAAAUGAGGGAAGUCACCAUGGUGGAUGUGCAUGACUCUGAUUCUGAGGGCAACGAGGACAUGGAGAAUGAUUGA